AUGCCGCUUGCUCGCUCGCACUUCAGGAAUAGAUCCCGCUCACCCGCCCCCAACACUCUUCCUUCAUCUGCCUUUACGACAAUUCCCCAGCGCAGUCCUGUGUUCUACCCGCCUUCCCACUAUGCCGCUGCAGCUGGCCUUGCUCGACCCGAGCCCUUCAUGCCGGAGACACCCAACCCGAAUCAACCUAGGGAACAAGUUGCUCAAAGGUCCCCGUCAUUUACACCUGCGUCGCCAUUGUCGUACCCCACGCGGACGCCGGUGGUACAGCCUGCCGAAGCAGAGCAGCGCCCGCCUCAGUCGACGUCGCAUCUCAACCGUAUGAGCCGUUUUAUCGCGAGGAGUCCAAGUAGGUCUUCCCCUAAAUCCCCACGACGCAACAGCACCAAGGUUCCGGAUCGCCAGAAGAUCAUGGACGACCUCAAUACGAGCAACGGCACCUUAGUAGACCUGCCGCUCGUCGAAAUGCAGCUCAUACCCACACUGCGCGACACCAUCGAUAAGAUGACGCACCCUUCACCUGUGCAGCGCGAAGAGAGCGAAACAGAAAGCAUGGACUCGGGCACAUAUGCUCGCCUCCAGGCUUCACGAAUUCCCGGUGGGGGUAGGCGCGCGUCGUUCUGGACAGAUGAUGCUCGGUCGCCUGUAGGUCUCUCAUUCAGAACAGACGCAGCGUAUUCCCCUUCCCCUACGCCUCCUGACCUGCCGAACCCUCACGGUAUGUCCUUCAAACCGGCAAUACCUGUGAGAGCUGCUGCAAGGCCGCGUCCGCUGGAGGAGGCGUCUGCAAAGGCGGAGUCCACUCCUCGCACCACCUCACGAAACUUUGCCUCACCCAAACCCGCACUGAAAUCAGCCUUGCGGACGCCAAUCCCAGGACCUUCGGCGAUACUAGAGGAACGAAUGCCAGAUAGAAAGUCUCUGCGGACUACUAGGCCCGUCGUGUUAGAUCCAGAGACUCCAUCUCUUCCACAGGGCUCUCGGACUGAGGACGAGCAUCUGGAAGGCUACAGGAAUGCGCCAUCUCGUGCUCGUAGUCGUACGUCUGGGGAUCAGCCCGUACCGUCUCGGGCGGUCGUUAGUCACCUGCCGGUACCAAAGUUCAAAAUGAAGUCUAAUCCCGCCACUCCCCAGCAGCCCUCGCGGCCGUCUAGCGGCAAAUCGCAGCCGCCCAACUUACCUCUCCCCAUUCAGACACGUAUACCUCCGCCGACAAAUUCCCGCUCUAAUCUGCCUAAGCCUGGUCAUUCCUCCGUCUAUACGCGGGACAGCGGCUCAGAAUCUGAGUCGAGAGCAAAGCCUACCCGUCUCGGCGGGGUUAUUGUCGACAACGUACGGGACAUACUUAGUUCUUCCGGGAGUGAAGAGAGAGAGCGCUCUAAAGGAGGCCCCGCCAAUCGUAUGCGUAUGUUCAGCGCACAAGAACGACCUCCAGCUACAUCGGGGAUACCGGUUUGCGGGACUAGGUAUGGCAGGAGGGCUGCACAACACACACAGGAUAUACGGGACCCAAGUAACAGAACACGACAGCCUGUCGGUCUUGGUUUCCGCAUGACCCCUGCACCAGAUACUUCGAAGCCACACCAUUCUGCCGAAGAAGACGUGGAGAGCGUGUAUGAUGAGGACGAUGCCCAAGACGAUUCAUCAGUCGAGGAGGAUCUAUACAGGCGCGAAGCACAACUUGGCGGUAGAGUGACUCCAGAGAUGUCCAUGCGUGCACGGCUUCUCGACGCUGUGCAGCACGACGAGACCGACGUCACUGCAGACGGUAGCCAAAGGCGACAGGCGACGCUUGUAGGCCUUGUCGAUAGUCUGCGGGCCAAGUAUAGCAUGACACUCGUUGACGGAAGUCGGACCCUGCCUCAUUCAAGCGAAAAUGACGCGUACCUCAAUCAGGGGAUUGUUGUUGCCGAAUCCUAUGCUGACAGAGACGUUGUAGCCGUAUCUCAGGGAGACUUGCCCCUUGUGGAAGAGCAGCGAAUGCAAGAAGAGCUCAGCUUGUCACCCGAGGAGUCAAUUUACUCCGAGGACGAUGCAGAGUCAGGGUAUUCAAGUGAUGCUGCUGGCCCGGCUGUGGAAGCGAGUCAGACUCCGAGGUGGGGUUGGAACCGACGGCAAAUUGACGCCUCCUCCCGCGGGGGAUCCGCUACUCUACCUCCUAAGUUGCAUUCUCCUCACCUGAUAUCAGAUUUUGCACCCGAGACGUACACUAGCGCGGAUGAUCAACCACCUUUCAGGCUUGGAGAGCAACCUCCCUCUUCGCCCCGUGCUGGCGCCGAGAAGCGUACCUCCGCCUGGAUUAAACGGAGCAGUCGCGUUUCGCAUUCGCCGUCGACAAAUUCUUCAGCGUCAGAGAGCGCAGAAUCCAGGCUACCUCCCGACCAGGCGUCCAAGAGGACAUCAAGAUAUGGCGGGAAGGGUGGCGAAAGCAGCCGAUCUCCUCGGGUGUCUUACGCAGGGGAGCGUGAGGGAGGUUUGGCAGGAAAUGUGGUCGAGCGCGGACGACCUGUUGAACGAGAAUGGGAAGCAUUCGGCAUACCUCGCUCCCUCUCAUACGGUGCCGGAGAUACCUCCACAGGCUCACACUCUGGCUCCGACGAUCCGGACAGCCGAGCGGCGCUCUUGCGCAGCGAAAGUGACGACUCACUCGAUGGGAAUGAGCUCCACGCCAGCCUGUCCCAACAACAGGACGACUGGAACGAAGGGGGGGUACAGGGUGACCUCAGCCAGGGAGCAAGUGCGCUUUUUCAGACCUUGGCGACUCCUACUCAACGCUCCGUGGACUAUCAUGAUGACGACCAGUGGGGAGAACGCGAUCGUUUUGUGAAGCAGCGAGUUGUUCCCGCCCAUACUCCGUCUGCGCUCCCACAUAUGCAAGAAAUAUCGUCUCAACCCCCACUGCCGAGCUCGUCAGCCACAGGGGAACGACGUUCGCGAGAGCGAUCGAGGAGUCCGUUGCCGGCUACCCCCACCGGCUGGCGUUCCACUUUUCCUCAGGCCACUUACAAUGAGCUUCUGGCUCAUUAUGGUCACGUGGAAAUGCAACGACAAGAAGUGAUAUACGAACUUCUCAUCACAGAGAAUGCCAUCGUCAAGCGCUUUCGUGCGAUUGUCCAGUCAUUUUUUCUUCCUCUACGUAAUUCGAACAGCAGAACGUGGCUCCCCGGUGUCCCGCAAGAGGUUUCUCGCCUCUUCGAUUGGUUUGAGGACAUCGUGAACAUGCAUGCAGAAAUGGAGCGCACACUAAGAACAGCAGCUCGAAUUUGGGAAGAAGGCUCUGUGGUCGAACAGGUGGCAGAGCCGUUACUGCAUGUCAUACCCAAGCUGGAGGUCUACCAGCCGUAUCUGGUCAGAGAGGAGGAAGUGAGGGAGAUGAUCGCCGAUUGGGUACAGGAUGCCCAGAAUGAAUUCGGCGAGUACGUCCGAAUGAACAGAGAGCUUCAUGGCGAGGAAUGGUCCCUAGAAAAGCUUCUAGGAGAGCCAGUCAUCCGACUGGCUGCCUAUUCCGAUAUGUUCGAGCGGCUUCUGACUGUCACGCCUGAAGAGCACAUCGACUAUCUCGCGACCACCUCUCUUUUGCACACAACGAAGACUGUCGUCCACGUUAUGCAGGAAGUUCGGGCACGGGAGGAAGAAUAUGACUUCGUGAAAGCGGUUACAUUGCAAGUGCUUGGCCUUCCAGAAAAGACUUCCUUGGCAAGGAGAGAACGUAGACUCCUUCACUAUGGGCCUAUCCUUUGGCUUCGGUCGAUAGCUGACGAGCAUGGAAACACAACUCCUAUUGCUCCGGCAGUACAGCUCAACGGCAAGACCUUGAUCCGUUCGGUGUCUAGGUCGGAACGGAGUAAUGAGGAUGCAGCCCAACAAGGCGAGGCCAGGGUCUAUCAGCUCGUCCACAUCCUCCUCGUUAUCCCUGCGCUCUUACCCUACUACUUCAUCUUCAAAUACGACGCACAGCAGCGCAGCGCAGCUGAACGAUGCUAA